CGUCUGAUGGGAGUGGUGGCUGUCCGAGCUGCCGUGCUGGUGGGCCUGCUUCCUGUGCUCAUCAGAAGGCUGCAUGUGUUCCACUCUGUGCGCAUUGCCCACUCUUACUGUGAGCACAUGGCUGUGGUCAAGCUGGCUGCUGAAGAUACCCGAGUCAACAAAAUUUGUGGUCUUUUUGUGGGCUUCAGUGUUCUGGGAUUUGACAUGAUUUUGAUCCUCAUAUCCUAUGGCCUGAUUUUUCAGGCUGUUUUCCGUCUACCCCAGAAGGAAGCACGGCUCAAAGCAUUUAACACAUGCACAGCUCAUAUUUUUGUCUUUCUUGAAUUUUAUAUUCUUGCCUUCUUUUCCUUCUUCAGCCACCGGGUUGGCCAUGUUGCUCCCCCAACUCACAUCCUUCUGUCUACCAUCUACCUCCUGCUGCCACCUGCUCUCAACCCUGUAGUCUACGGGGUAAAAAAUAUGGUAAUUCGUAAGCGCGUGGCCCAGAUUUUUCUUCUGAAUCAUGGAUCUGUGCAGUGA